AUGGUUCCGAGAACUCUGCUGCUCGUUUUUGCAGUUCUCCUUAAACCUGGGUUUUCUGGAACACUAACAGGUUCAAAGAGGACGUCAGUUAAAAACAACUCCGGGGUGAUGCCAGAGGGCCUGUGUGGUGUCUGGGUUAAAGAACCUGAUGGAGGUUCUUUCACGUCUCCUAAUUAUCCUGAGAAAUAUCCUCCUGAUAGAGAAUGCACAUACAUAAUAGAAGCAUCUCCGAGACAAUGCAUUGACUUGUACUUUGAUGAACAGUACGCCAUAGAGCCAUCUUGGGAGUGCAAGUUUGACCACAUCGAAGUUCGAGACGGCCCUUUCAGCUCUUCGCCCAUUAUCGGUCGAUACUGUGGGCAGCAGAGCCCGAUGUAUGUGAGGUCCAGUGGGAGAUACCUUUGGAUUAGAUUUGUUGCGGACAGUGAACUUGAGGCCAUUGGGUUUUCUGCAAGAUACAAUUUCACUCAAGAUCCUGAGUUUAAAGAUUUUGGAACUCCUCUGUCACUGCCACUGUGUGAUUUUGAGAUGAGUGGGCCCGAGGGCAUCAUUGAAUCUGCUGUGGUGGAAAAGGAAAGCAAAGCUCUGCAAACGGAGGCUGUGGACUGCAAGUGGUUCAUUGAAGCAGCACCUGGCUCAAAGAUCUACCUACGCUUCCUGGAGUACGAGAUGCAGAACUCUAAUGAGUGCAAGCGCAACUUUGUGGCGGUGUACGAUGGCAGCAGCUCAGUUGAGCACCUGAAGAAUAAAUUUUGCAGCACGGUGGCCAACGAUGUUAUGCUGCUCACAUCAGUAGGCGUCAUCCGCAUGUGGGCUGAUGAAGGCAGCCGCAAAAGUCGCUUCCGUAUCCUGUUCACCACCUUCACAGAACCUCCAUGCGAGGAAGAUGCUUUCUUCUGUCACAGCAACAUGUGCAUUAACCACACUCUAGUGUGUAAUGGUAUCCAGAACUGUGUCUAUCCUUGGGAUGAGAAUGGCUGCAAAGAGAAAAGGAAAGCCACCAUCUUGGACAAGCUGGACCACACCAACAUGACCAUAAUUGGGGUGACCUGUAGUGUCGUGCUUGUCCUGCUCACAGUGUCAAUCAUCAUCCAGGUCAAGCAACCGCGCAGGAAGUACCUUGUGAGACAGGAUGAAUUGGACCCGGCACUGUUGCCUGAGCCCCUUGAGCCACCACAUUAUGAGCUGUGUGCUCUAAGGAGCAUGGCGUCUACUGAGGACUUCCCUGGGCUGCGUCGCUCCUCCUCCAAGUGCAUUCACGGGCACCACUGUGGCUCUCAGGCAUCCAACGACAGCCGCACUGACCUGAGCCUGGGUGUCCUCGCUGAGACAGCCAGUAACUCAUGCAGAAGCAUCGUGGUGAUGAAGCACAGCCACUCACUCGAGGACACUGAGGUAUGUGAGCUAGACGAUGAAAUGGAGGAUGAGAACAUGGAAGAGCAGCCAUGGAGGACUGUCAACGGACAUGAGCAUUCGGUCCAUGUGCAAUGA